AUGGCGUGGCACGGUGAGCAUCGCGCAUUUGUCGUAGAGGAAUAUAUCCGUAAUGGUGGUUCUGUGAUUACUACUCAGCGAGCAUUUCGCAUUCGAUUUCAACUUGGCCGACAUGAUCCUGUUCCGGAUAGAAAAACAAUUCAAGUUUGGUUAUCAAACUUUAGAGCAACGGGUUCUGCGCUAAAGAGAAAAUCGUCUGGCCGACCUUUAACCGCAACAACGCCGGAUAAUGUGGCACGUGUAAGUGCGUCUAUCCAGCAAUCUCCGAGGCGUUCAGCACUUAAACAUGCAGCUGCCUUUACUAGGAACCACAAAGAAGUCUGGUUCCAACAAGAUGGAGCCACAGCACACACUUCACGGCGUUCACUAACCAUUUUGAGAGAGAUGUUUCCAGGGCAUCUUCUUUCUUUACGAGGAGACAUUACCUGGCCACCAAGGUCCCCCGAUUUAUCACCUUGUGAUUUUUUUCUUUGGGGACAUUUAAAUGCCCAAGUCUACACUCAUCGCCCAACAUCUUUGGAAGCACUUAAGGAGGCAAUCACUCAGGAAGUGGCAGCCAUUACACCACAAAUGACUCGACGAGCAAUGGAAAACUUCCGGGAAAGGCUUCGUAAAUGUAUUAAUAAUAGAGGACAAUAUUUAACGGAUAUAAUGUUUAAAACUAAGUAA